AUGGAGUCUAUUUGGAAUAAGUAUAGCGACGACAGAGCAGCCGUCAUUGAAGAUACGUUCACGAUCGCAAUGAAUCGUGGUCAACAAGAGUGGUCAAACGCUGACAGAGACGCCAUGAGUCAAGCAGUUGAUGAUAUUGUGUUCUCUCUUGGAGGAGAAGAGGGCUUGACAUUCGUGGAAUUUGAAGUUCUGGUUACGCAUGCCGCUCGCGUCGAUCCGAGAAGCCAGCUCGGCUUCCUCGACAGCGUGUCCGAUACCAUCCGGGCUUCUCGUAGCCCUGAAGCCUUCUCAGAGUAUGAUGAACGAUUUCUGAAUUUUGUUGUGGGCAUCCACAACGGACUCACCGUUGCACGUGGAGCCAACCUGGGCUUGCUUGUCCCACCACCUUUGGCAGAUGCUAACCUGGCUCAGCAUGUUCUUUGUCAAGGGCCGCCUCCCGUUAACUCCAUGCAAUUUCCAAGCUGCGAUACCACUCGUACUUGGAAGUCUGAGUAUGAAGAGGUCAGCGGCGCAGGUAAGUACACCAGCUCGGUCGUUGAGACUGUAACUGGUGAUGCAUUCGUGUCCGGAGGUGUUUAUAGCACAACGUCGACGACCUCAAGUUCUUUCACCCCCUUAUGCACCCCCAUGCUUGGAAUCCGUGAGGCUUCGGUUGAUGUCAGGCAAUCUGUCGAAGACUUUGCAGAGUUGACCCCUGAGACUGGAUUUGGUGGUUUCUAG